GUAAUUUCAGAAUCAGAAUAUGAAAUGUGGUCGGCACAGUGGACUGCGGCUGAUAAUGCCUACACAAACACGGAAGAGUUGAAGUACAAACUGAUGGAGGAUAUUGAAGUCAACUUGGAGCUUCUCGAAGAUAGUCUACAAGAUGGCGUUCCAGACACAAUUGCAGCUCUUCGAGAAGCUGGUAUGAAGGUCUGGGUGCUCACUGGAGAUAAAGAGGAAACCGCCACAAGCAUUGCUUAUGGCGCGAAGUUAAUCACGGAAGAACAACGUGUUUUUGCUCUUUCAGCGCCUAAUGCGAUAUGCCUCAAGAAGGUGCCGCCUUGA